AUUACAUAGAUUUUCUUUAAAUUAAUUUGUUCAAAAAUUAUUAUAGUUUGCCUAUCGAUGAGUUUCUUUGCAAAAUAAACACCUGGUACAACAAAUUGGUAAACAAUAUUUCUAUAGGAACAAUAUGAGACUAUAGGAACAAUAUGAAUAUGAAAAUUAUGAUCGUUUAAAAGUUAUGGUAUAUUCUAUGAAAAAUCCCAAUUAAAUUGUGCUAUUAGUGACAUAGAAAAAGUUGAAAAGCAAUAAUUUAGGUAAAUACGCACGAUUUCCAUCGAAAUCUUUAUUCAUAAUUUGAUCGUUUUGCAGAAGUAUUUUUCCCGUUUUUACAUUUUUUCCAUCGAUAAGACAUGCUGAGAUACAAAAAUCUACUAAAGCUGUUUUCUAAUGGUGCAUUAAACUCGGUCGAAUGACCAAGGUCAUUCCUUAAGGUCGUUCCCACCCUUGGUUAAACGAAAUGAAAUUCGUUUUGAUAAGGCAACAAAAAAAGUUCGUCAUACUUUUUUGUUAUCACAUAGUCACCCAUGUAUAAAGAAAGGGAAAUUUGUAUACCAGGGCCAAAGAGCAGGAGUCCACAGUUGAACUGGUUUCUAUUCAACUUUUUUGCUCAAGUGGCACGAUUACAAAAUCUUCGACAUCUCGCGGUAAUUUAGUAACGUGGCGUGCACUUAUCGAAAAUUGAAAGUGGGGAUAUGAGGAUGUUAAGAAAAUAUACAGCUGCUUCUUUACUAGUGAUAGAGUGGCACGAGGACUAACAGUUGCGGGAGUGUUGAAAUGUUGAGCAAAGGCAAGUUGAACGAUUAAGCGGGUAACUGGGAAUCCCGCCGUUAAAUCGCGUGUUCAUUAGUCGAGUUUCUGUUGCCGAUAACGGAUAGAUAUCACGAAUUUCAUUUCCACACGAAACAUAUUUGUUUCAUUAAAAAUAUUUUUCUGGGGGAUCGUCAUUGACGUAUGCAGGUUCCGAUAUCAGUUGUGGGUUUAUCUCGAGGAAGAUAAAACAUAAGGUCGUGUAUCCGAUCAUCCACUUCGCUUUGCUAUGUGACACUUAUCAUUUCGGAAGUGCGCUUGUAAAAACGAGAAGCAAAAAAGUGAAGAGAUCCCCUAAUUAACGGUAGAGAUUACGUAGACCCAUUUGGUUCAACACUGUAUAAAUACAUUGGAUAGUCAAAUCUAAGUUCAUUUUUCACAAUGUACAACAUGGGAAGCAUAAGUCUUAUGUUUAUCGCGACUUUUUUCGUUCAUGCUGCUCGAUCGGACAAGGAUGUUGAUCGGUACAUGAAAUUCCCAGCAGAUUUUAAACUCGGAAUAUCAACAGCUUCGUAUCAGAUCGAGGGAGCUUGGAAUGUGAGCGAUAAGGGUGAGAGCGUGUGGGACCGAUUCACACACCAAAGACCAUCGCCCAUUCGAGAUGCCAGUGAUGGAGAUGUGGCUUGCGACUCUUACAACAAAUACAAAGAGGACAUUGAAAUUUUAAAGGAUCUAGGCGUUGACGGUUACCGCAUUUCACUCAGUUGGACUCGAAUCCUGCCCGGAGGCUUUCCCAACAAAGUUAGUGAAGAUGGAAUUCGGUAUUACAAGAAUUUGCUCGAAAACCUCAAGGCUCAAGGCAUCGAGCCUGUGGUCUGUAUCUACCACUGGGAUCAUCCAGUGGUCCUCGAGGAGAUGGGCGGUUGGACGAACGAGCUGAUGGUCACGUGGUUCGCCGACUAUGCUCGAGUGGUUUUCAAUCAUCUCGGUGAUCAUAUCAAGACAUAUGUGACGCUCAAUGAGGUUGCUGAUAAUUGCAAGCAGGCUUAUGGUUCCGGGGACAAGGCUCCAGGUAAGACCAUGCCCGAAAUCGCUCCAUAUUUAUGUGUGCAUAACAUGCUGAAGGCGCACGCGAAGGUUUAUCAUAUGUACGCUGACGAAUAUCGAAGCCAGCAAAACGGCAUAAUUGGUAUCGUACUGCAGUGUAUGUCGUAUUAUCCGAAAUAUCAGAACGAUACGGAAACACCGGAAGUAUUUUUCGACUUUAAUUGCGGUUGGAUGCUGGAUCCGCUAUUUUCGGAAAAUGGCGGCUACCCGGCAGUGAUGAAAGAACGAAUAGGCGAGAACAGCAAACUGGAGGGCUAUCCGAAAUCGAGGCUUCCGGAAUUCACUGAAGAAGAAAUCGAUUACAUAAGAGGAAGCGCCGAUUUUAUCGGUCUUAAUCAUUAUACCUCAGUCCUUACCGAACCAGCACUAAAGUCAAAUGAUGAGACCCUUUGGUACCAGGACCAUGGAGUGAUCCGAAGUUACAACGAAAGUUGGCCUCGAACCGCCUCAUCCUGGCUCAGAGUUGUGCCUCAAGGAUUUGGUGAUUUGCUAAGAAAGUUGAAAAAUCGUUACAACAAUCCAGCGGUUUACGUGCUUGAGAAUGGGAUCGCCGAUCUUGGCACGAGCCUACAAGAUACCGAAAGAAUCCAAUAUCUUCAUGAUUACAUUCGUGAAAUGCUUUUGGCCAUUAAUCGCGAUAAUUGCAAUGUUAAAACAUACUUCAUAUGGAGUCUCCUCGAUAAUUUUGAGUGGGAGAGCGGUUACUCCGAACGAUUUGGACUAGUCAACAUCGAUUUUAAUAAUUUCAAUAGGUCUAGAACUCCCAAACUCUCAUACAAUUGGUACAAACAAUUGAUUAGCACGCGACAACUCUCGCCUAUCGAAAAUCUCAAAUCAUCAAACACUACCUACUCCGUUCAUGUACUUCACUGAUAAAAAUUUAUCAAUUCAAAAUUAAGGAAGCAAGCCUGUGUUACACGCUGCUCUAAGUGGAAUGAACUUUUACGAAACUGUAUCAGAUAAGUGUGUUGAUCUGUGUCGCUCACUGGAAAACUCCUGAAGUGAUUUUAACAAUUAAACGAACAAACCAAAGUGGCAAAACGGAAAAAAUAAAAUUUCAUCUCAUCCGCAAUAAUAUUUUAUGGGAUAUUCAUAUUUCAGAUUGCCAUCUGCCAAUGUGAAAACUGAUGAGUUCACGAUUAUUUCGUAUAUGCUCGAAAUUAAGUCUGGCUUUGUCUCGAAAAACUCUAGUUCAAUAAAAAGUUGAUACACGUUCAAUAAAACGUGUAUCAAGACUCUAAUACAACACCAAGACGAAAACAUUGAUAAGAUGUGAGAACUCUUUGAACGCUUUAUCGAACUAUCUAUCGUUGUAUUUUUAAACAUGCACGCAAAGACAUCCAACAAACCUUAAAAAUUGCAUAAAAUAAUUUCUAUCCACCGAAUGAGUAAAAGCGGAAACUGCAAUCACAUAAUUCUUCAGUUUUCAAGAAUACUUUGUCAAAAAUUUCGAUGAGAUCUUCGUCAUAAUAUAUUGUACAAAAGAAAUAUUGUUUUUUUUUGUUUUCUUCACAAUCGUCAUAUUUUGAAGUUGUUAAUCAGGUCAUUUAGAUCAUUAAUACUGAUUUUUAUUUAAAAAUGUACCCGUCUCAACUCACGAUCGUCAAUCUCAGUGAGAUAAAUAAAAAUAAAAAAUUGUGUAUGUUAUAAACAAAAAA